AUGGUUUUAGUUGCCUGUAAGGAGAUCACGUGCUUGAAGGUCUCAGAACCAGAAGCAGCGACGGAUAGUCUCGUUAGUGGGAACACGAUAAACUACCGCCGUGCGUCUACUAACGCUGAUCGUGCGAUCUACUUACAUCGGAUUAAAACGACAUAUGACCCAGUUGUUGACACCACCUUGACAGCUGACGAGAAGGUUCUUCCAAUUUUGUUUUACCCGUCGAGGGAAGUGUGA